GUGACAGAGCAACUGGAGAAGGAGAUGAAGCUGCAUCAGACCCGGAAACGGUGGUCCCGGACGAGCACACUGCAACGCAUGCGAAAAAGGGUGAGUCCGAGGAUCAGACCGAGCAAGCAGCGAAUCCGAGAAAGAGUGCGUUCAAAGCAACAGAUGUGGUGCAACCAAAGGUGAAAGCGGCUAAGAUAGAGCCCAAGGUCAGGGUGGUUCCACCUGAGAGCGCUCGUGUGCGGGACCCGGCGGAGGAAGAGCGUGACUCCAAGGCAGCGAAGGUGUCGCCAAGAAAGGAGAGGAGGUUGAAUGCCCCACCGAUGUAUGCGGGCGAGCCUACGCCUGGAGAAGGCGGGGAUUCUUCUGCUUCAAGGCCAGGAGUUUUGUGUGUUGUGGGAGAUGAAGAGCUGCAUCAUGAGGACGAGGUGCUGGAAUUGCCCUAUGAUGAGCAGCAAGCUGAGACAAUGAUAGAACAUGACCACCAGCUCACUGGCGAUGUGGAGGCAGAGCAAGGAUUCCAGAGUUCGGAAGGAGAUUCGGAGCUUCUUUAUUACCCGGUUGGUCCCGGGGGCGAGGAGCCACAGUUGGCGGAAAGUGAUUUGCAGGCGAUCGAUGAUCUCGCUAAGCGCAUGGAGGUGGACAGGCUCAUGACCAUGGGUGUUUUGAAGCCCAUAAGCAAACAGGAGGCGCAGGAGUUGGGAUUGAGAACACUCAGUACGAAGUUUGUGACAACUUGGAGGCCGAAGCAGCGAGACCAAGUUCCGAAGUUUAUGCGUCGGGCUAGGUUCGUUGCUCGAGAAUUCCACUGGGAUGAUCCGCAUCGGCAGCAGCUAUUUGCACCGGCGACGUCAAGUUUGGUCAUUCGAUUGUUGCCGGCCCUGUUUCAGCACAAGAAAGCAGAAGGUUUGGACUGGGUAAUGAUUGCGUUGGAUAUUAGCGAUGCAUACUUGACGGUGGAUCAGCAAAUCCCCACUUGUGUGAAUGCAUGGAUUGAUGGGGAGGAAUGGACAUUUCAGCUGGACAAGCUGUUGCCAGGCCAGCGUGACGGUGCGCGUGAGUGGCAUGGAGCAUUUACAAGUUUCUUGAAGGAGAAAGUUGGAGUGGAAGGAUGCACAGUUUGCCCUUCAGUUUUGCGAGCAGCUGAAGGAUUCAAUGGUCUUUUGCAUGUGGAUGAUAUGCUUGGAAUUGGCACUGAGGAAUUUAUCAUGGAGAGACUGGUGCCCGCAGUGGAAAGCAGAUACAAGGUGACGUAUGAGCUCAUCACCAAGCCCGGACAGGAAUUGUGGUUCUUGAAGAGGAAGCUGAUUUACCAUCGCUCACUGCGGUUUAUCAUUCAGCCCCACCAGAAGAAUUUCACAAAGCUGUUCGAGCUGAUGAAUAUCAAUCCGGACAGGGUGUUGUGGAUGCAGCAGCGAGUGGCGCAGGGCUUUUUCCAGGUCGGAACAGUUCCCACGGCAACGAAUGUGGCGGACUUGAACACGAAGGCUUUGAGCCGAGAUCGGGUGAAAAUCUUGAGUUUCUUGGUCGGCAUUGUGUCGGGCGAGUUUGAAGGUGAGACAGAUGAAUGGGUGCCUGUAGGUUUUGGUGAGUACGAGGCGCUCAUGAUGAAGGAGAACACGAGGUUGGCCAUCAGGAGGAUUAGAUCUGACUUGAGUGGCCAUGAGGCGUUUGAAGGCGCGAGCAGCACGUCGAUCACACAGACAGCAAAGAGAGUUUUCGCAGCUGGGAUGAUCAGUAUUUUACUGCAGCCUGGCGGUAGCGAGAGGAUCGAGCACGACGCCUUGAGCAGUGAUAAUGAGCCCAAUGGUUUGAACAAUCAGCAUGAUUGGAUCAUGGAUGCGAUUUUCUUUUGCAGCAUUGCAUGGAUGGCAGUUUGCAUUUCUUAUGGAUGUUUUUACUUGAUGAAAUGUGGCUACGGCAAGAUUUCAGCGUGGUUUGGAACUGCGAAAGUCAAAGAAGAGAACAUUGUGUUCAUCACGGAGUUUGGAAAGCAUUAUCACAGACGGAAUUGCAAAUGGCUCGUGAAGAGCAUUCUCAUCGAGAUUGAGGAGAACACUGCGGUUGCAAGGCACUACAAGAAGUGCCACACUUGCCAUUACUUGGAUAGAGCUGAGUUUGGUGGCAAAAGCAGCACAAGACAGGGUGCAACUGCAGCAAAGCGGAAAACAAAGGAUGGAGGCGUGCGAUAA